UUCAGAUGCGCAGUCGGCGAUCGCGGUCAAGAAUAUCACAAAGACAUGUAGCCCUCAUAAAAAACAGUUCUUCAUGCUUAUUAAUUUAGUUUAGUUGUGGACACAACAUCAACAGUAGAUUAGACUGCAGCUGGUAUCAAGAAAAGGGCUGUCUGAGGGCUUGGUUGUGUUGCCAGAUAUGCUGCGAGCAUGCCAUCAAUAGCACAAACAGAGUAUGGUAUCAAGGAUGUGUGGCAAAACAAUCUAGAAGAAGAGUUCAGAAAAAUCAGACAUGUCGUCACCAAAUACAGAUAUGUCGCAAUGGACACCGAGUUUCCAGGUGUGGUUGCUCGACCUAUUGGAGAGUUCCGGAGCACUGCAGAUUACUCCUACCAGUUACUCCGCUGUAACGUGGAUCUGCUAAAGAUCAUUCAAGUUGGAGUCACAUUUCAAAACGAAUUGGGUGAAACUCCAGAACCAGUAUCGACAUGGCAGUUCAACUUCAAAUAUAAUCUGACAGAGGACAUGUAUGCCCAGGAAUCCAUAGAUCUGCUACAGAACUCGGGAAUCCAAUUUGAAAAGCACAUAAAUGACGGAAUCGAUGUCAACGACUUUGCAGAGCUUUUAAUGACGUCUGGAAUUGUUUUGAAUGAGGAAAUUAAAUGGUUAUCUUUCCACAGUGGGUAUGACUUCGGUUAUCUGCUGAAGAUGUUGACAGACUCAAAGUUGCCAAGGGAAGAGUCGGACUUUUUCGAGAUGCUACGUAUAUACUUCCCAAAUAUUUACGACGUCAAAUAUCUGAUGAAGAGCUGUAAAAAUCUCAAGGGAGGUCUCCAGGAGGUUGCUGAACAGCUAGAGAUUGAAAGGAUAGGACCGCAGCACCAAGCUGGAAGUGAUAGUUUAUUAACGGGAGCAGCUUUCUUCAAAAUGAGAGAGAUGUUCUUUGAAGAUAACAUAGACGAUGUAAAGUAUUGUGGCCAUCUGUAUGGACUUGGGACCUCGUAUGUACAGAAUGGUGCUGGCUAUGAUAGCAUUAGUUUGCUCCAUCAAAAUCAUACUAGUGUGGCAGCAACAGGGUCAGAAGAAACUAACUCCACGACGACGAACUCAUAGGACAUGAUGAUAGAUAUAACUGUCGGCAGCAUUUUGGAAUAUCACCAUGGAGACGAGGAGUGGUUGGUAGAACUGACGAGUCACGGAUUUGCCAUGGCAGCUAAACGAUUUGGACCUGCGUGACAUGCGGACGAUUGUCCGACGAGGGGAGGCUGUGUCUCAUAGCCAGUCACUUUCUUACUGUGAUAUUAAUUUGAAACAGGGACAUUACUUCAAUCUCAUGCUUAUAACAUAACUCCAGCUCCUGCUGACAUCACCAGGGUUUUAUCAUGAUAGUUUGCUGGUCGGUGCCAGAGAGAAAGUUUAUAUAGGAUCAACUUGUCAUGAUUUCUCCAUGACGCCCGUUCUCGUAUUGACCAUUCACGUGACUAGUCGAGGGGAAGGAAACUUUCAUUGCUGACGUUCCAAAAUGUUGCUCAUGCUUAGCAGCAAAAAUCUUUUUACAAGGGCUUUAGUCACUUAACUGUACUUGGACAGGUGCCAAGUGCUACAGCUAAACGUUUUGCAUUUAAAUAUUUAAAAUUUUCAUCUGUACAUAACUUUGUACUCCAACUCUAAUGAUUUUGAUUGUAAAGUUUUUUUUCAUUUUGGAUUUCUUAUGCAUUGUAAUACUAUAACAAAAAAAAAUUCACAGUACCUUGAAGAUAGACUUUUGCUGCUAAACGAUUCAUCACUGUAGUAAUUUCACUCAUGAAUCAUUGAAAUGUAAUUUUGUAAUUAGGCAUGGGACUCACCAUUUACACUUUGUCGGGGUCAUUCACAUAAUCCUAGAAAUUCAUUUGUCCACCUGAAAAUAUUCUGCACAGGCAUCCUACCAUUUCAAAAACUGCCUCAUGUAACGCGGUAACCAAACUUUUUUCUUUCAGAUUUCAUGUCUUGAAAUUCCUUAGCAUUUACCAAAAAUAUAAAGGAUAUUUCAGAGAUCUGAGGAUUAGUUUAAGUUACCAUGACAACAGUUGGUGUAGUCACCAUAUUUGAAGUGGUAGUAUACAAGUGUAGAAUAUGGAGCAAAUGUUGCCUAGAUUUUUGCUAAUAUUUUGCUGAAGUAUGCUGUGUGCAUACUUUGCGAUUAUUGUUUUAUGAACGAAGAUUUUAACCUAUUAAUACAAAACGUGUAAAAAACACUGCAUACUCUGGCGUUGGCUUCUAGUGUAGAUUUUUCCGUUAACACUGAAAAUAGUAUGUAUAGAAUGCAUUAUACCGAUUUAUGUCAAUAUUAUUGAUUCUCCCUACACUUCAAAGAAAAAAUGUAGAAGUUAAAAACUGACAAAUAUUUCCCAGUGUUCAGUAGAGUUUUACUAUAGCUCUUACUGUUAGUAACUUUCCUCUGCAAGAAAAACGGCAGUAUUGCUCAUUACUAAAACACAAUGAUUUUAAGUCAAAAUUUGGAGCUUAAAUUGCCUACAAAUUUCAUUUUCAAUCAUCAGUAUUAUUUUUGGAUUUGAUUUCAAUUUGAUUUCUAGCUUUUAUUGUUCUAAAAUUCCAACUGAAAAUAUGUUAUUUUGUUUUAUUCUUCUUUCUUUUAAAAUUCUCUAAAACGUGAAAACAUGAUACGCAAAUUGCAAUUACUCUGUAAAGUAUUUACCUGAACAUAUUUUAAAUAAAAUCACAAAAAAGAUACAUAGGAAUUUUGAUAAAAGUUCAAUAUCCGUGACCCACAGUGUUUUAUGGUAAACCUAUAUCACUUUAUCAAGACAAAAGAAAAACGGUUUUUGAGUACUUUUUUUCCUGUGAUAUCUUUUAUGAACCUGGUGUUCUUUGGAGAGAUUUUUGUACUUUAAAUGAACUUUAGUGGAUGUGCAAUAAUGUAAGAAUGCAGUUUAAUUGGUCCAUUCCCCAAAAUCUCGAGAUUUAAAGGGAUUAUGUAACUUGACCAUUGUUUUCCUUUUAACUUUCUUCAGUUUCUUUGAGCAGGUGGGAUGGUUUUUAAUUUCGAUGUAUACACUUCGAUUGUGAUAGUCACUUUGCUAUUGUCAAUUUCAUGGAGGUCAUCUGUCAAAAUUAUUUUGCAGUUUCGUCUCAAAAAUGUUGUAAAUCUGCUAAAUAUUCUCUGCCGUACUGAUAAUGCUGAGAGCCCUAGGAGAAUAUUGAGGGCAAUCGAGAUUGUUGACAUUGGCAGUAUUUGACCUUUGACCUCCAUGAAUAUGUAUUUUGCAAUCUUUUUGUUAAAUCCUGUCUGUGUAUGACUGUGAUCGGUAUAGAGUAGAUGCCCUCUGUCCAUUUUAUGAUCCAGAUCACUGAAAUGUUUGUAUAUUUAUUGUUCAGGUCAAAAACCUGAAGCGCUUGCCCAUCUAUUUGUAAUUAUGUCCCUGAAUUAAUUUUUGCUCCAUUUCUUCUGAUUAUUAUUGUUCUGAUUUCUUCCGCCAACAAGGUUUUCGAAAUGUUUUCUCGAAAACCGCUGGGCGGAAUUCAACUACACUUUACAUGUGUGUUUGUCUAUGACCAGCAGUGCAAAGCGUAUUUUAGUUUUUCGAUCAUUCAUCUGACCAAUCAGAUGGACCAUGGCCUCUGAUUGGUCGAAAUUUAGAUGUUGUCCAGUUUAGAUGUAUAUGACACUUCAAACACUGGUGCAAUAUCGGCUACUUUAUUUAUGACUGCAUGGGUCAUUUAGGGGACAUAUGUAUCGGUGCCCUGUGAGGGCUGCCCGACUACCGGGGUGUAUUGAGUCUGAUGUUACAUUCUUGUGUAAUCCUAGCUCUCUUAAUCCUUUGAUAGUUUAAACUCAUUCCUAUCCAUGUCGGAAUGGAGUCGUAUUACAAACCCUUCCCAGCUUGAAGUUUAUUGUGUGACAAGAAUAAUCUUGGACCCUCAGUUAGUAACCGAUCCAAUAUCUGUUGAUCUUGAUGGCAGAUUGAAUCCAUCAUUCCUACGCCAUUGUUUGCCUGACAGCUUAUUACUCGUACUACUGAUAAAACAGGAAUUUAUUUUUCGUCCGUGCUGAAGAUGAUGUAAGAAUUUUAAAACAAUGGAUGAUCUGGACAAAGGGCAUUUAUCUUUAACUUCAUAUAUUUUUCUGAAGAUUGUGCCAUGAUGUUAUUCCUUUUAAUUUCCGCAUCUUGAUUUUAAACACUUUGUAUUCUAGUGUCUGCUAUGAACUAAGCAUUUGGAAUUUUAGAAUAAUAAUCAAGUGAGACAUUUUACAUGUGGAAUUGUGUUUUUGUUGUAUUUAUAACACCAUGCUGGAUAGUGUAAUAUUUUAGACUUCAGAUGUGUUUAAUAUUUUUAAUUCACUCUUAAUUAACUCAAACUAAUGAUGGAUUUAUAGAGGAUUUUGUGAUAUUUUUUUCCCUUGUUUGUCGCAUUUAUAUUGUAUGAAGGGUCCAAUUCUGAGUGUACCUAUAUGAAGAAUUGACAGUGAAGGUAUUGGGUGACAUUCAUUUUCAUUUUCUCAUUUUGCAAAAUUGUAUUGUAUUUUUGAGUGAGGCCAGUUUAAUGUUUUAGCUUUUCUGUACAUAUGAAGAUAUUAUCUGUCGUAACAUGGUGUUGUUUAUACAACGGUCUGCUGCUUAAUACUUGUUUAAUACAUAUAUUUCAUUUGCCUCUUCACCAAAGAUACAAUAAGAUUAUGUAUACUUUUAUGCAUUUUGUAAAUUAAAAAGGAGAAAAGCAAGAGUCUUUGUGACUGAUCUCGAUUAGAAAUUAAUUAUAACAUUAUUUUUUUUGUCAUUACGCAUUUUUGACUUGCAUGUGCAUUUGACUGUCAAGUAGUCUUGUCCACAAAUCACAAAAAUAAAAAUGUCUAUUAAAAACUGGUAUAUGCUAACUUCUGUAACAAAAUAUAUAUUUCUGUACCACAUAAUGAAUCUCUUGCUUUCCUCCAGAAUAUUUGUCGUAUUUUUAUCAGGCAUGGUCUGUAUCUUGCCAUCAUCAGCCUCUUGACAAUAGAGAGGGCGUUAACUCGGCCAGGAAAAGUGCUUUGUUAAUAGAUACUGAGUUAUCUCCCUUGGUGUGUAUGUUGUGAGAGUUGUUUUACGUAUGGAUAUUGUGCGAGUUUAUGGGUCAGGAUGGUGUAUGUUGAACCCUGAGGGCUUUCAAGUUUUGGAAGAUGUGUGUGAACAUCAUUCAAAUUGAAAUUCAGAAGAAAAAAAAUGUUUUUAAUGAAGUAGUAAAAAUUACCUGUAUCAAUCAAUAAUAUUAAUGUCUUAAUUUCAAUUUUUGCCGAGAAUUAAGUUUUUUAACCAUAAUUUUGUGAAAUCAUUUUGUUUUUUUAUUCCAGAAUUCAUUGAAUCAUUAUUAUAGUAAAUAUUGAGAUGUUUUUAUGUGAGAUGGGCUGCAGAUGUGUAGCCGCCUGGAAGAACGACUGUGAUGACUUUGUUGUGUAAACAUUAUAAGGCAGCAUCUUAUACCAUGCAGCAAAUCACUUAAGAUUUCUCAACAUAUAUAUUUUCACAUUCAUUCAUGAAAAUAGUUACAAAUUCAAAGAUGUUCAGAGACACUUGUAACUGUUGGAAGACCUUUUCGUUCAUAAACGCCUCAUAAUUUAAUCAUUAAAAAGCAGUUUGUGAAAAUUUAAGUGAUUUACUGUGCUGUUUUCCCAACAUGUUAAAGGUUUCUGUCCAAAUUCUGGGCAGAAGGGAAAAUGUUGAUUUGUGUAUUGCUUGUCUCAUAUCUGUGAGAAUGCUUUAUUCUAGUUACGGCAGAUUUUUCUGACAAUGUGGUUCAAUGGCCGCACCGAAUUUGUGUGAUAAAAUAGUUAGGCCUGGUUUUCUAGUCCUCAAACUGUUAAACUAGUUGGCAAGUAGAUAUAAUAUCUCGAAGAAAGAAAAGAGAAUGCUUAAAUUUUUUUUAGAGGUUGUUAACGAACUGUUUGGUGUUUUAAUAUUUGGAUGUGUAGUUGGAGCACAAUUAACACUGGAUUUCCUUGAGGUAGUCUUCAAGUUGGAUGAUGAGCUUUGUGGAAGAACGGAAACAUCUCAAUAUCCAAACAUUUAUCAGAAAUUUAGGUAGUACAGGAUGACUGCUAAUUACGAAAAGAAAUAUUCCAAUUUUAUUUGACUUGUCUUCAAAUUCUGUAAAGUUCCAUUUUUUUGGCAAUCACCGAUAUUUUUCCAACCCCCCCGUGCUUCUUACUUACUAAAUCUUGGCCAUUAAGGAUAUUUUACAACUAAAGAAGAUCUAGAGUGGAAAAUUGCCUAUCCCUUAGAAUUGACACUAUUGUACAGUAGAUGGGCAUUUGAUAGGAAAUACUAUAAAAUUUUGAAGUUAAGGUACCAAAUAAUGUUUUGGAUAUUUCAAAAGGAAUUGGCUCCAGAUUUAUUAAUUGUGAUAACUACUUUUUAAUUGAGGAGUGAAAUUAGCACCAAACCUAUGGGUGUGCUAUCAUUACUGACCAGGGAGCACCAGGUAUCCCUACUGUGAGUUUGUGGUGUGCAUGAGAGCCUAUGGUCAGUGUCUGUACGCCUGUAUCUGUGGUCAGCUUCCAGACACCUGUAUCUGAUUAGAGACCAUACACCUUGGUCACCUAUGGAUACACCUGUUGCGGUCAGCUGUGGAUACACCUGUAUCUGUGGUCAGCCAUUGAUAUACCUGUACCUGUGGUCAGCCAAGGGUAAACCUGUAUCUGUGGUCAGCCAAGGGUAAACCUGUAUCUGUGGUCAGCUUCCAGACACCUGUAUCUGGUUAGAGACCAUACACCUUUGGUCAGCUAUGGAUAUACCUGUAACUGUGGUCAGCUGUAUCAGCUGUAAGUACACUUGUAUCUGUUGUCAGCCAAGGGUACUGUAUCUGUGGUCAGCCGUGGGUACACCUGUAUCUGCGGUCAGCCGUGACUUCACCUAUGAUUGUCAGAGAUAUUUACUAAAUUAUUCACCAUUAUUAUUAGCCAGGAUUUUAAUUCAAAUGGAAUGCAUAAAAUAGUUCAGAUAUCUUUUUAAAAAGUCUUGAAAUGUGUCGGGAUCACUUCCCAUUACAUUUAGUCAUUAGAUGCUUCACAAGUGGUACAGUGUUAUGACAUGGUAUUACUGUGGAGUGGUACAGUGUUAUGACAUGGUAUUACUGUGGAGUGGUACAGUGUUAUGACAUGGUAUUACUGUGGAGUGGUACAGUGUUAUGACAUGGUAUUACUGUGGAGUGGUACAGUGUUAUGACAUGGUAUUACUGUGGAGUGGUACAGUGUUAUGACAUGGUAUUACUGUGGAGUGGUACAGUGUUAUGACAUGGUAUUACUGUGGAGUGGUACAGUGUUAUGACAUGGCAUUACUGUGGAGUGGUACAGUGUUAUGACAUGGCAUUACUGUGGAGUGGUACAGUGUUAUGACAUGGUAUUACUGUGGAGUGGUACAGUGAUAUGACAUGGUAUUACUGUGGAGUGGUACAGUGUUAUGACAUGGUAUUACUGUGGAGUGGUACAGUGUUAUGACAUGGUAUUACUGUGGAGUGGUACAGUGUUAUGACAUGGUAUUACUGUGGAGUGGUACAGUGUUAUGACAUGGUAUUACUGUGGAGUGGUACAGUGUUAUGACAUGGUAUUACUGUGGAGUGGUACAGUGUUAUGACAGUUUGUGAACUUGUGAUGUAAUGUCACAACAUUGAAUAAAUUUGUCAAGUUUCUUGAUUAUCUGACCAUGUGUGAUGUCAUAACAUUGUUACAUCUGACCUUGACCUUGUGUAUUGGCCUUGUGGUGCAAUGUCCUGACAUCACCAGUAUGGUCAGUGCGGACAUCUGUUGUAUAGCUGACCAGAGGCCGGAUGAAUGUUGUCAUUAGGGCUGAUGGUGUGCGUGAGAUUUCGGAUCGGAGGAUGUGCUUGACCCCGGCCUACUAACCCAGUCUAUUUUAGUUAUGUAUUUAGUAUCGCUAGUGUAGCGAGCGUGAGGCUGGUUGUCUUUUUAUGAAAUGUAAAUAAAUGUAAUGGGCGACCAGUUCACUACUCCAUCAGCAUACAA